CUUCCCACUGACAAGACCAAACUUCUUCAUUCACACAACUCCUUGCAUAUCCAUUCUUCGUUCCUGAAACUUCUGCUUAUUCUUGAAAAUAUCAACAUGACCUCCGAAACGUCUCAGAGCUUCUUCAACUUGCCGUCCGUCGGACGAACAUCGGACUUUGGCCAUAAGAAGCAUUUUGGGCCCUCCGUCAAGACCACGGUAACUACUAACUGGUCUACCUUUGAGGACCAACCCAUGUCGUCCGGGGCUUUGAUCGAUGUCUUUGCGGACAGAAUUCCCGUGGUUCGCGUGAAGAACUUUCUUACAUCGGAUGAAUGUACGCGCAUGCUGGAAGUGAUUCGAACCCAUCAACUGGGUGCCUAUGAUACUGAGAACACCUGGCCACGGGUUGGGGUCUCUGGAAUCACCCAGUAUGACCAUAUUAAAGACAAGACUCAGUAUUUUGACAGAGUGACUGAGGCCCGCACGCUGCAGGAUCGCUGGAAAAAGGAAGCAGACAUCGACAUCUUGGAGCGAGUUAUGGACAAGUUACGGUCCGUGACAGACAUGGAUGUACGUGUGGCCAGCGAAGACGAUAAAGAAUACUUCGCCGGGAUCCUUCGAGCAAUGGACAGAGGCAUUGGCGUCCACGCAGACUAUGCACCUUACGAAGCUGCAGGCUGGAAAAUCGGCGACUGUGUUGCUCAGGUCACUUGGAACAUCCUUCUCAACACGGUCCCUGGUGGAGACACCAUCAUCUACGACCGCCAGUGGCAAGCCCCCGACGAUGAUAUUGCGUGGCGCAAGAAAUUUCCUAGGGAUUCAUACCACCCUCAAAUGCUUCAGGGGCACCCGUUCAAGGCCAUGGAAGCAGUGGCCGGCGACCUGACCUUAUUCAACCCGAGGAACUUCCAUGAGGUGAAGGCAUGCGAUGUCUCUCGAGACCACCCAGUGCAUGACAUUCGUUUCACUGUCAGCUCGUUCAUUGGAUUUUUGCCAGGUGACGCAACACGCCCUGAUUCGCUAGUCCUCUGGUCGUAGAUAUAACACUGAAAUAAGCUUUGAGCGCUAGUCAGCCGCUAUGCUAAGCUAUCACCGGAUAAAUAGUAAGCGCGCUGGAGUUUCAGAGCGAUGCAACCCUCUGGUCAAGAUGGCCAGGGGUGGGCUCUCGUUAAAGGUGACUUACGCUUGGCCCGGCCGGGCCGGUGCGCGAGGUGGGGCCCCGGCGGGAAACAGGGGGGGCUGAUAUAGUACGCUCCAUAAGCUCGAGUCAUUCA